CGAAUAAUUGAAUGGUGUGGGAUUCCUUCGUUUGUGGCAUGAAGGCAGUGAUGGUGCACCGGAAGAAUAGCCAUUAAAGGAGUUGGUCGUUUCCACUGUAAGAAUACAACAGGAUGGAUAGUAGUGCCCACGGUUUAAGGGAGUAAKUAAGUGAGCCAGAAGGGCAUCCAGUAAAGACUAAAGUCUUGGCGUGGCCUCUCUUCUUUUUUUGGACAGCACYGGGUUUGUACCUGAUAGUGCUGCAAAAUGGUUGCUGCAGUCCCUGUUGGUUCGUUGCCAUGGGUCAUAACGGGUAGCAUUUGGGACCGAUCGAUCGAUCUAGUGAAUUCUUUUCAUGCGUUCCUAUAUUGGUAGCUCCUCUGCAUGCGUCUUCUGUCGGUUUCGCUGUUGCUUCGUCUUCGAAGGGUGUUGGUGGCAUCCCCCAGAACGCAUUUCUUCCUCGACAGACCGGUGCUGUUUCUGUUUGCGUUGCGGAUAGUUGCGGAGGAUGACGACGACGACGAAGAAGAAGAAGAAGAAGAAUACCGACGAUAGGGAUCGUUGUGGUAACCGUGGUAAAUGGCUCGGAUCGUCGCCGUUGGGGGAAUUGCGUUUUGGUCUUCGUGGUUGCGACCGAUGCCGUACUCCUCGUGAUCGUGGUACACGGAGAAUUCUUGAUAUCCCGAGUUUGCCGUAGGAAAGUCGUCCCGAUGGUCCUCCGACAUCGAGCUCGAGCUUGCGGGGAGCUCCCACAUAUCCUCGCUGGGGGAGGAUUGGAUCGGAUGCCACGAGGACGCCGACGAUAGCGUCGGUGUGGUCCUAGUGCCGCCGCUCAUAACAGAGGAGAUGUGAAGGAAAGUCUUUUCGUGGUAACAAUACUGUUCUUGUUGCUGCAUCAACAUGAUUAUGAAAAUUUAUUCUUGUGUAAGGUGUGUUGUAAAGUGUUGCGUAAAAGAAUAGAGCCGUUGAUCGACGCUACUGUAGUUAGUUAGUGGUUGUGUAUGAGUGGAUGUAUUUCGAAAAUGUAUGGAUUGUUUGUGGGAGUGAUAGAUAGGCGGCGGUUUUGUGAGACAAGGGAUUUGGUACCAGUACUUCUUGUCGUUGGAUCGUUAAGUGUGGGUUUCAAAGUUAUGAGAGAGCAAACAAUGACAGAGAUAACGAUGGGUUCCGAUCCCAAAGAAAAUCUUGCCGGUGGCCCGCCACCAAACAACAAUAGCCCCGUUGAUCUUGGCAACGGCGUCUACUGCAUAGUACGACUCCUUCCACCGCACUCUCUCGUUCACAAGGUGUUCGGCCGUAACAGUAGCGGGUAUGAGGUUUUUGUUGUUCACGAUUGAACCCAACGGUCGACGAGAAAAUCCACGAAUGAAGCCAUGAACGAGCCCAUCGCCAAACCUCUCUGGUGUAAAACUGCGGCACAUCGUGUAUCGUAUCAUGCCUACGGUAUGAACCGUAACAACUAGGGGUGGGGGCAGACUUGUUUUGAGAUCGAUUAGUAUUCACCGGACGGAACGCUGCUUGGAUGGAGUGUUACGGGACGGAGACUGCAUACCAGAUACCGAUGCUUUGUAUUGAUGCUUACGAGUGAAUGAAAGUGUAUUGCCACACAAGUGAAUUGAUGGAUCGAUCGACAGACAGAUUCCACAAUAUUCUGUUCUGUUUUGUUCUGUUCUGUUCGAUGCUGUUCGACUAGAAGUGAAAGGCUGCUUUCGUCGCUACGCGGGUGAAAGCGUCGACACCGUUUUCGUUUCGUCGUGUGAACAAGCACAAACAAGCUGUCUUUGUCAGUGUUGUAUCGUUGCAGCAGGCCUGGAUAGAUACCUGCCUCUACUCGACUCAAACGAACCAAACGCUAUUUCAUUGCCUGGAUUGUUUGGAUACAGGAGGUUGCAAGUUGCGAGAGAAGGGAAGAACGAACAUCCAUCAACCGAUUCGACCGAGAAUGUUCUUGAAUGCGCCGAAAAAAGAAUAACACACUAUACCAUCAGCUAUAGCACAACUUAGCACAGCACAGUAUGGUAGCCGCUGCUGCCGUUGUCUCGUCCCUCGUGAAAACGACAAGGAUCCAAGAGGCAAUCGCGAGGGUAACGCUGAACAAUACCAAAAACAGGAACGCUCUUUCUCGCGCAAUGUUGCAACAGAUCCAAGAGACCCUGGGUGUCAUAGACGCCGACCCGGAAAUCCGCGUGAUCAUUCUCAAUGCGAGUGGUCCGGUGUUCAGUUCCGGACACGACUUGAAGGAGAUUCGAGCCAAUGCUGCAAACAAUUUAAAGAACGAAAACAACAAAAAUGCUUCCCUGAUGGAACUGUGCGCCUCCGUUAUGCAGACCAUUGUCCGUCUCGACAAACCCGUCAUUGCGCAGGUCAAUGGGGUGGCCACCGCUGCCGGCUGCCAGCUGGUCGCCUCGUGUGAUCUAGCGUACGCCUCUUCCUCCGCAACCUUUGCCACACCGGGCGUCGACCUCGGCUUGUUUUGCUCGACCCCCGCUGUGGCCCUCGGUCGGAGCAUUCACCGCAAACACGCGAUGCAGAUGCUGCUUACGGGGGACGCAAUCUCGGCGGAGGAGGCCGAGCGGAUCGGCCUUGUCAACGCUGUCAUUGACAACGACGAAAACCUCGAAAAGACGGUCAUCGAAAUAGCCUCCAGGAUCGCCUCCAAAUCACCGAGGGCAAUGGCAACGGGAAAGGCGCUGUUUUACGAGCAGCUCGAACUGCCGUUGGACGCCGCUUACCGGCUAGCAUCGGAUGCCAUGGCCGACUGCAUGAACCACGACGAGGAAGCCAGGGAAGGAAUCGAUGCUUUUUUGACCAAGCGAAAACCAACAUGGGGUUCUCUCCAGCCGACGUCCAAGGACCUUUAACUCUUCCUUGUUUCUUCAUGGAGCAGCCAAAUGAUGCAAUGCAGGGUAARAGAAUUCCAAGUUGUAAAGAGCCCUAAAAAAGAAUGUACACCCKUAUACCUGUACCAAAAAUAUUAAUGCUUAAUAACGCAGAAACCUACAUUACGAUAGCCAGUAAUGAUUCAACAACAGCAAUCAAUCAAACAAGAAAGGCGUUUAGAUUGUUUUAGCACCGAGAGAGUCAAUUAUAUGUCGCUGCAGCCAUAUGAAACUUGAUAGUACAUUGACUUGAGAUCGCAAUCAAGUUCUGUCUGCUUUUGGUUUGAUGAAAGAGGAGCUAAAGCCUUGUUUUCGAUCUCGGCAUGGGUAAAUCGUGUCUUGACAGCAGGGAGAAGGCAAGGCACCUGGUAUUGCAUAGCAUAGCAUCCCAAUAUUAUCGCUCACGCAGAGAAGGGUCUCAGACGAUCACUCGGAAAUUCCAUGAAAGUGACCAUGGUUUCCAAGAACAACAAAACCAAGAUAUUCCGUGCGAAUUUAAUCUUCGGUUUGGUUUGGUUUGGUCUAGUUUGGUUCCAUUCCAUUUCAUUCUAUUCUUCUUUCGCGGCUUGGAAUCGUCGCUCUGCUGCCUCGGCCGCGGCCCUUCGUCUCGCUGUUCGUUCUGCAUCCGAGAGAGCGACGUUUGUCCUCCUCGCCGGCCCCUCCGUUCGGGCUCUCGCGAUCGGUCCGGAUGCGGCGCUUGCGUCCGGGUUUCCGCCUGCGCCGGACGCCAUUUGGCUCGCCACCGAUCCGCGGAGCUGGCGUUCGAACUGGCUCGACGUGAASCCCCCGACGAUGGCCCUCCCGUCCUCGUUGAAAACGCUGUAGGCGCUCGCCGUGGUCUCAUUUGAGAACUUUUCCCGCAGCCCAAAGCCAAAGAUCCCGACAAAGACCGCCAGGACGAACGCGAUCACGCCGAGGUCGUGGUAGAUACAGACAG